AUGCCAAACCCAGUGCGGCAUGGGAACAAAAAGGACAGCGGAGGAUCUACAUCUAACAUGCCGCAGAGCAGUGGCAGUAGCAAUAAUAAAGAGCGGCCAAGGCCCAGUUCUAAACACAAGCGACACAAGGCCAAGCAUCUCAGAGACUCACCUGUUACAUCGGAGGCAGUGGCACCUAGCAUACUAAAGCUUGUGGAAUAUGAUGACAUUAGCUCGGACUCGGAUACUUUCUCUGACGAUGUUUCAUCCAAAACCGAGAAACGAGAAAAUGAUGAGCGUAGGGGGGCGGAGAGAAGCGAUAAGGCACAUAGGUCGAAGCAUCGACAUCAGCAUAAACGGAUUAAGGAAACUUUUAAAAGCAAGCAGCUGGAAAAAGAGCGUAAGCCAGACAAAAGUCAGGAAGUGGCUGUGAGCAAAUUACAAAGCUCCAAAGACAGGACGUCUAGCACAACCAAAAGGGUGGCUGAGGAGCAAGAGGAUCAUAAAAGCAGUUCAAGAAGUAGCAACAAGGAAGUUCGGACUGCGAAAGCGCAUAGGGAAAAAUCGCGGCGGGAGAGGGAGCUUAAGUCGGGACACAAGGACCGCAGCAAAAGCCACCGCAAAAGGGACUCCUCCAAACGUUAUAAAACAUCAGAUAGUCCUAAAAGAAAAGGACGUAGUCCACGAAGGAAGUAUGGAAGCAGUCCGAAACAAGAAGAUAGCUAUUCUGAUGCCUCCGGUGGGCUGGACUAUGAUGGAAGUCCACAACGUUCACAUGUUUCUUCCAACUAUAUUGAGGCUUACAAGAAAAAUCUUGAAAGUCCUAGCUACAAAGAACCUUCUGCGUACCAGAGCAAUGCUCGCUCCCCCAGCCCAUACAGCCGGAGACAGCGCUCACUGAGUCCUUACAGGAGGAGAUCCUCAAGCUAUGAGAGGGGAAGUGGCUCCUACAGUGGGCGAUCUCCAAGCCCUUAUGGGCGUAGACGGUCCAGUAGUCCUUUUGUGUCCAAGCGCUCAGUGAGUCGGAGUCCAGUGCCCAGGAAGUCUGCCAAAUCCCGAAGCCGCAGUCCUCUCUACUCAAGAAAAUCCUCCUCGUCUCGUAGUAAAAAACAAAAGUCUCAGUCCCAAAGUCGCCAUUCCAGUAUUUCACCUGCCCGUUUGCCAUUGAACUCCAGCUUGGGUGCUGAACUGAGCCGAAAGAAAAAAGAGCGGGCAUUAGCUGCUGCGGCAGCUGGUAGAGACUCUAAAGCAGGUGCAGUGAUAAAAAAAAGAGAUUGGAGAUGGAAGAGGGCUCCCAACAUUGGAUGCCAAAAAGGCAAACAAAAAUCUUAAAAUGGACAAACCUGUCUCUGAUUCAGAAUUGCCAGUGGCACCAAAUGUAGAUGCAAAGGUAUUAUCUAGCUCUGUGAAGUCCGAAGAGAAUGAGAUGAAGCUACCUUUACCAGUAAAGGAUGUGAAACAACCAGUUAAGGAUGUUAAAGCUCCUACUGUCACAGAGGAGACCUUGACACCAGUGGAGGGAGUGACAGACAAAGAGAUAGAAAAAGAUUUACCACCUCCUUUGCCUCCUGUGCAGUCACCUCAACCACCCUUGCCUGCUUCCUCUCCACCUCCCCAAACUCCUCCGCUUCCCCCUCUUCCCCCUUCACCAGCUGUACCUGUACAACCUCCACCUCCUCUGCCACCUACUCCUACUUUGACAACCCUUUCUAUUUCUAUCACCGUGCCUGUCUCAGUAACAUCCACCACCCAUACACGUUCUUCAGCAGUAUCCACUCAGGCAAACACACAGCCUCCAGCUAUCUCUUCCACCAAGCCAAUUGCAGCUGUUAAUCUUGCUAUCCCGCAUAUGAAAACUUCAACACUUCCUAAUUUACCCCUGCCACCGUUACUGCUUGGAGAGGAUGACAUGGAGAGCCCCAUGGAGAUUAUUCCCCCAAAACCAGCCAAGAAAAAUAAAGAGCAGAGACCUAGACACCUCCUGACUGACCUACCAUUACCUCCCGAGCUUCCAGGAGGAGACCCAUCUCCUCCUGAGUCUCCAGAACCCAAAGUAGCAACACCUCCACAGCCACCAGUAAAGAAGAGACCAAAAAUAUGCUGCCCCCGUUAUGGAGAGAGGAAACAGACAGAAAUUGACUGGGGUAAACGCUGUGUGGAUAAGUUUGACAUCAUUGGUAUUAUUGGUGAAGGUACAUAUGGACAAGUUUACAAAGCCAAGGACAAGGAUACAGGAGAACUUGUGGCCUUAAAGAAAGUGCGGCUAGAUAACGAGAAAGAGGGAUUCCCUAUUACUGCUAUCCGGGAGAUAAAAAUCCUUCGCCAGCUCAUCCAUCGCAGUGUUGUCAAUAUGAAGGAGAUUGUUACUGACAAGCAAGACGCACUGGACUUUAAGAAAGACAAAGGUGCCUUUUACUUGGUGUUUGAAUACAUGGACCAUGACCUGAUGGGCCUCUUGGAGUCUGGGCUGGUGCAGUUUUCAGAAGACCACAUAAAGUCAUUUAUGAAACAACUUAUGGAAGGACUAGAUUACUGUCACAAGAAGAAUUUCCUGCACAGAGACAUCAAGUGUUCAAAUAUCCUGCUGAAUAACAGUGGGCAGAUCAAGCUGGCAGAUUUUGGACUGGCAAGGUUAUACAACUCAGAGGAAAGUCGCCCAUACACAAAUAAAGUGAUAACACUGUGGUAUCGACCCCCAGAGCUGCUACUAGGGGAGGAAAGGUAUACCCCUGCCAUAGAUGUGUGGAGUUGUGGAUGUAUUCUUGGUGAACUCUUUACAAAGAAACCAAUAUUCCAGGCUAAUCAGGAGCUGGCUCAACUAGAAUUGAUUAGCCGUCUUUGUGGGAGUCCUUGUCCAGCUGUCUGGCCAGAUGUUAUCAAACUACCAUAUUUCAACACCAUGAAACCGAAGAAGCAGUAUAGAAGGCGAUUACGGGAGGAAUUCUCCUACAUUCCAACUCCUGCUUUGGAUCUCCUAGACCACAUGCUAACCCUGGAUCCCAGCAAGCGUUGCACUGCAGAACAGGCUCUUCUGAGUGACUUCCUAAAGGAUGUAGAUGUCAGCAAGAUGCCUCCUCCAGACCUUCCCCACUGGCAGGACUGUCAUGAGUUGUGGAGCAAGAAGCGCAGAAGACAGAGACAGAGUGGCAUCAUUCUGGAAGAGCCACCUGCCAUUAAAGCUCCAAGAAAAGAAAGUAUAGCAGCAGUUGGCACAGAAACGGUCAAAAACAGCAGCCCAGCCCCUUCUCAGCCAGUCAAACCAGAACCUAUUGCAGCUGACUUGACUGCCUUGGGGGAUAUCACACAGCAGCUUAAUCAAAGUGAGCUUGCUAUCCUGCUGAACCUUCUCCAAAGUCAAACAGAUCUCAAUGUCACUCAGAUAUCUCAGCUUUUGAAUGUUCAGGGUAACCCGGACAUACAGCAACAACUGGAAGCCCUUAACCAGUCUAUCACUGCAAUAGCCACUUCUACAGCUGUGACAUCAGAAAUGGAAGCCACUAAAGAAAGUCAAGCCUCAGAGCAAGCAGAAUCAGAAGGCCUUGGAACUCAGGGAGACAUGCAGAACGUUUUGGCUGUCCUAUUGAGCCAGCUAAUGAAACCACAGGAAGCAGCAGAGUCCACAGGGGAAAGCAAUGGAGAGCAGAUCACAAAUAAUCCUCCUGUACAGCUAAAGUCUAAUGAAGAGGAGGAGGAGGAAGAAGAAGGUGCAGUGUUGGAGGAGGAUGACGCAGGUAAUUCGUUGUCACCCUCAGUCACCCAUCUCUUCCUCACUGCAUGUAAGGAAACCAGACAUGGUAGAGGUUUAUAA